UGGUUAGAGCGCGCUCGGCUCUCCCUGGCGUGCUUUACGUGCCCGGAAGUGCGAGAAGACACGCGGAGAGAGCGUUAAAAAAAGCGUAGCCCGCGGAGGCUGCUGUGGGGAAUCGAGCGAGGUUUGGUGGAAGGUUUUGUCAGGUGGUACGGGAGCCUUGAAGGGGCAAAAAGAAAGUGUGCGCGUGCGGGCUCUCAGGCCACCUUUAUUGCUGCCUGUGGUAAAAUGCCCGGCGUGGCCGUCCGUAAGAAUCAAGAACGGAACCGCGACCGCCCAAUGGAGCCGCCGCCGGCCGAUGAUUAUGCAAAAGAAAGAUAUGGAAUGUUGCCAAUGAUACAGUCACAGGAAAAACCAGAUCGUGUGUUAGUUCGAAUAAAGGAUUUGACAGGAGAGAAAGCUGAUGAAACUGUUUGGGUUCGUGGCAGGAUUCAUACCAGUAGAGCAAAAGGUAAGACUGCUUCUUUCAACGUUCUCAUGAGUCAAAAAGGCUCAA